AUGGAAGCAACGCAAGAAUCCACCCAACCAUGUGCAGACCCACGCCGUAUGGGCCUGAAUAAUUCGGGGCUGCAGGACCAAGAUCUUGCCGACACUAUUUGCAUCCUUCACCCCAAUUCCCAUGCCGCCCACGAUGCGGUUGCUGCUACAGCUGCUGUAAGCACCCAGCAUAUUUUACAAAGGGCGGCUUUGGAUUUUGAGGCUUCGGAGACCGCUGCCUUGGACCUUGCACUACGAUUAUCUUCCGAUGUCCGCGACCUUGGGGCGGGGUUUUGCUUUGGUCGCAAUCCGGUCCGCUGUGAUGUUCUUUUGACAUCCAACGAUGAUUCUAAGAAAGUCUCCAACAAUCAUUUCCGCAUUCAUCUGACCGGUGACGGCAUCAUCAUGCUACAAGAUACCUCUACCAAUGGGACUAUUGUAGACAAUUGCCGCCUACGCAAGAAUUCCAAAGACAGCAGCCGUAUGCUCGUUAACGGCUCAGUCAUCCAGGUAGUGACUGGGAAUCAGGGGUCAGACGAGGUUCGUUUUGUUGUGCGCAUACCUUCACGGGAACACUUUGCUUUGAAGUUUUCGCAAAAUGUGCUACAGUAUUUCAAGCGAGUUCAGCAAAUUUUGGCUGGGCAACAGACGACCCGACAGGCACCAGCCCAGCCGGUUCUUCCAUGGUCAGUAGCCAAUGCUUAUGGUAUGCAUUGGUCAGGUGGACCGAUGUACAAUGUGACAGGGCAGAUCGGCAAGGGUGCGUUUGCCACGGUGUAUAAAUUAGCCACUAAGCAGCACGGUGCGAUUUAUGCUGCUAAAGAGUUGGAUAAACGCCGGUUCAUGAAAAAUGGCAUUCUGGAUCAAAAGGUCGAUAAUGAGAUGAAAAUCAUGAGAGACCUCAAGCACCCCAAUAUUGUGCAAUACAUUGAACAUCAUGAAUAUGAUCGCUGGAUCUAUAUCGUGAUGGAGUAUGUCCCUGGUGGUGAACUGUCUACAUAUUUGCACAGCCCCGGCAAGAUCCCAGAAGAUAUGGUUCGAACCAUCACUCGGCAGCUUUUGCGGGCACUACACUACCUCCAUAAACGCCGAAUUACCCAUCGUGAUAUCAAGCCGGACAACAUCUUGAUAGCAUCCUUGGAUCCCCUUCGGGUCAAGUUGUCCGACUUUGGACUAUCGAAAGUGACACAAGAGGAGACAUUCCUUAAAACAUUUUGUGGAACCCUGUUAUAUUGUGCUCCUGAAGUGUAUCCAGAUUAUGACAUGUAUGGACGCGGUGAGGUCCGGAAACGACGUCGAUUUGGAGACCCACCCGCAAAAACCUCCCCGUACAGCCAAGCGGUGGAUAUGUGGUCACUAGGGGCAGUCCUAUACCAUGUAUUGUCCGGCGUCCCCCCAUAUGCAGGCCGAGCCGAAGACAGGGGCGUUGCCAUGCUACGCAGCAUUAUGACAACAGAACUCGAUCUCAGCAUCUUACGCAAUGGUGGCAUUUCCGAAGAUGGUGUUGAUUUUGUUGCCAACCUGUUGAAUCGAGACCCCUUUGCCCGCCCCACGGAAAAAGAAUGCUUUCAACACCCUUGGAUUGUGGACGUGCUUGACGUUGAUCAGUAUGAGGAUGAUGACAUUCUUCCCGACCCACAUGAAGGUCUUUCAGUCAUUGGCGAGGCCGAAGAAGAACUUGAUGCAUCUCAACUGUCUAUUCAUGAUGAGUCCGCGUACACUCACGCAGCUGGGGACGAAGAAGCGAAUAGCAGUGAAGCACUCGCUAAGAAGCCACGGAUUGAACAUAUCCCAGCAGAGAUUCGAUAUCCUUCACUUCCUCAAAUUGAAAGCUUCCAGGACAGUCAAGUGAUUGCAGAGCACCAAGCUCGACGCUUAUUUGGCGAAGUCACUUCUUCGGCUUUGCAAAGCUCACAUGCACUAGGCCACACAAGUGCAUGGGACGAUUCUGAUGUCAAGAACUUUGUGUCUUCCGGUGAGUCGAUGAGCGAUGAAUGCAGCGUCUCUUCGGUCAUAUCCCUCCCGGCAAAUCCUUUUGGCGGCACUGCACCCAGUUUGAUGGGAGCGGAAAAUCUUGUUGGACGACUGAACAUGAACUCCUCGCACCCUCUCCUUCAUCCUCAGAUCGGCCCCGUUAACGACAUCCCGACACCACAGAACAACCCUGGAAAGCCCAAGGACCUCACGACUGUAGAUAGCCUCUCUCCUGAAAGAGCCAAGUCGCCCCACCCGAGUGCUCAGGAUUUGACGCCCAGGGCACCCAAGCUGAACUUUUCUCGAGACAUUGAAUUUGACCUCCCUGAGACAGCCAGCGAACAAUCUAGCGACACAAGUGCUCGACCCAGUCGCCGAGGGUCGGCACAUCCCCCUGACAUAACUUCCCGGGAAGAUUUUGACAUCGAACUCAUGACCACCCUUGAUGCGCAGACCGGUCAGGCCGUUCUCGAUCGGCAGCUCAAUUCCGAGAUCGAGGCGUCUGAGCCGAUCGUUCACCAGCCCGAUCCUCUUUCUGUUCCAACUAGCAUCCCCGUCGCCGAAUUCACCAAGCCACCAAAGAUUCUUGGUCGUCUAAAGAGUGUUCCUGGAUCUAUUUUCGAUGUCAACAUACGACUGGAGAACCGAAUGACUUCGUGGGGUCGUGGGCCUGCCGCAACCAUCCGCCAUGAGGAUCGUAUGGAUACUCGAAUCGCGGCCUAUGCCUUGGAGAUCACUUUCUGGGCGCCCGGUAUCGAGGUCAAGAUCGCAGAGGGUAAAGACUGGCAGCAAGUCCCGGGGGUCAGGGCACUUCUCUCCACCAAAACUCGCAAAUGUAUCUGGGUCAACGGAACGGAACUCCGACGCGGAACCUCGACUGACGGGGGGUUAGAAGGCUUACACUUUGGAGAGAUUUAUUCGGGUGACAUUAUUACCAUCUACCGACAAAAGGGGGAGUUUCUUGACCUUCGGUGUGAGUUCUACCAUGGCGAGAGUGCGCAACAGCGCCCAGCCCACGAAGCCAAAUUCGUUGUCCGCAAGGCUCUGGCCAACAAACCCGAUAGUGCGGGAAAUCGACUUCCUCUUCGAGCCCACAAGAAAGAAGCUGAAAAAUAG